AUGGCCGUCUUCCAGAAGAGCCCUUCCUCGCGUGCUGAGGGAGGCUGCUUAUGCUUAGCCGCCGAAAGGCGACGCUGCGCGGCAGCAACCACGCUCUUCGCCGGAGAAGAUGCGCCAGCGCCGACGGAUCGCCGGGGAAGUGACGACGACGGGGCGCGGCUCGGCAGCGUGGAAUCCAACCAGAGGCUGAGGAAGAUAGGCGAGGGGGCGUUCGGCGCCGUCUCGAAGGUGGUCGCCAUCAAAUCCAGCCGCGACGGCGGCGGCGCGGCGCUUCUGCUGCGCGAGGCCACGCUGCUCGCGGCGUGCCGCGGGAACCCCGGCGUGGUGCGGCUCCUGGAGGUCGUGCGCGGUUCCGGGAUGAACGACGACCUCCACCUCGUCCUGGAGUACGUCGGGCCAAGCCUCCAUGAUGUGAUCGGCACGCGCCACCGCCGCGGGAUCCCGUUCACCGAGUCGGAGGCGCGCCGCGCGAUGGGCCGCCGGCUCAAGAUCUGCGACCUCGGCCUCGCCAGGUCUGCCGCCGCGCCGCCGCCGGACGAGCAGCAGGUGGAUGGCACGGUCGGGUACAUCGCGCCCGAGGUGCUUCUGCGCGAGGACUGCGGCGCGCCCGUGGAUAUGUGGGCGCUCGGGUGCAUCAUGGCGGAGCUCGUCAUGGGGCAGUCGCUGUUCCCGGAAGAGGACCUGUGCCAGCAGCUGAUCGCCAUCAUCGACCUGCUAGGGAUCCCUGACGACGUGUCGUUGAUGCCGCUGGGCAUUGACGCCCGGGCGCCGAGCAAGCUGCGGGAGAAGGUGCCCGAGGAGCGGCUGUCGGCGGCGGGCUUCGACGUCCUGCACGGUCUGCUGCAGUAUGACCCCAAGGACAGGCUCACCGCUGCGGUGGCGCUGCAGAUGCCAAGGUUUGCUGUUGCACCUAUGGAUGACUGA